GAUUCACGUCAAUCUGACAUAUGACAGCUGUCGUAUUCUCACUCGCCGACUUAUCUAACCUCAAAUUCUAAACUAUUCGAUAUUAUUUACAAUACAAAUUAAUCUCCUUUCCUAGUUCAAUACAUUAGAAAAGUCGAUCGAUCGAGCAGCACUCCAUCGUCGACACUAGCGCGGGAGUCUGAUGAGUCAUUACUUUUACCUGGACGUAGAUUUGGGUGAGGCGACGAGCGAGCUGGCAGCCCGGCGCGUAGUGGAAGAGGCAGCUCGGGGUCUGUUCGGGGAGUGCGGCGCGGCCGCCAUCCAGGCGGACGUACUGCGAGUCCAGCGUUCGCGGGCGCUGUACCGAGUGCCGACUCGGGAUUUACGCAGACUUAGAGCCGCGCUAGCCUUCGCAAGAGGACCUAUACUUGUACUCGCGCAAGCUCCUUCGCUACAAGCUCUGCUAUAAGGUGAGACAUUAUGGCAACUCGGUCGGUGAUGUCUUCAGGGCCGGCGGGCAAGGAUUUGGUGAUAGUGGCGCCGCGCGAGGAGCUGGUGGCUCCGAGCCGCGUCACGCUGCCGGAGCCCGAGCCCGCGCCCGGCCUCAUCCGCCCGGACGGAUCCAUCAACUGGGGCUGCCCGUGCCUGGGCGGCAUGGCCACCGGACCGUGCGGAGUGCAGUUCAGAGAUGCUUUCUCAUGCUUCCAUUACAGCGAGGCGGACCCCAAAGGCAGCGACUGCUAUGAAAAGUUCAGUGUGAUGCAGGAGUGCAUGUCUCACUACCCCGACCUCUACGGCAAGGACGACGACAACGACGAGCUCGCCGCUGCACUCGACGCCGGGAACGACGCUAAAACGAACGUUAACGAAACUAUAUCAGCCGGUACCGAGCAAAUAUCCGCAGAUAAACAAGCCUUAACCACCGAUACCGCCCCUGAAGACUCCACUCGCGUCGCUAGCGGGGACCACAAGUAGACUUUCCGUCUGUUUCGGGCAAUAAAUAAUAUAGUGAUAAAUGAGACAUAUAGAAUGGACUAAGCCUUCUCAAUAAGUGUGAGGGAAACAAAGAACAUUAAAACUGUACUUCCUGGGUCAAAGAGGUGAUAUUUGUCAUUUUUUUGUUGAAAAGGUGUCUAAUAACGAUUUUUUUUCUGGAGCUUCAUCACUAACCUAACCUAGUGUGAAGUAUCACCUCUUGGGCCCAGGAAGUAAAGUAUAGCCAAAAGAACUUUCUCUCUUAAAAGAUUAUGGUUAAUUUCACGUGGAUGUUGCUUAGUCUUUUCCCUAUAUCUCUGAUUGUAAAAUCGCAACAGUUCCUAAAGUCACCAUUGUUUGCAAUGUAUCAAAUUAUCUGUAAUAAUGUUAUAGCAUUGGAUAACCUACGUUGUUGCCCAACAAUAGGGUUAAAAAUUGUAAGGAAUAUUGAGUUAACUUAGAAUUAAAUCAUUACAAAAAUGGAAACAUUAAUUAUAAAGGCAUAAAAUUACAUAUUUUAUAAAUUACUGCUAAACUUAGAGAAUUCAACUUACUUUUAAUUAGUGCUGUCACUUUCUUUGCGUUAAUAAUAGAAAAAGACGUCAUGUUAAAUCGAUUGAAUGUCUCAGUUCAGCCGUUAGUCCCAUAAAAGUUUAAAAUUAUCGUUUCCAAUAAAGCAAUCACAUGUUAUUCUAAUUUAUAGUACAUUGUGGUAAAGUGGUGUUAAUUUACAGUGUAAUAGAAAUAGACAUAAUAAUAUUGAUGAACCACUAUUUCAACAACUUCACAGUUACUGAUUACAGGCAAAAUUAUUACAUUUAUUUCACAAUAUUACUUACUUUAUUAUUCACUGUCAAAUGUAAAUUAAUUGUACAUCUUUAUAUAUAUAAUUCUUCUGUGAGUGUGUAUGUCGCUGAACUUCUCUUAAACGACUGGACCGAUUUUGAUGAAAGUUUUUGUGUGUGUUCAAGGGGAUCUGAGAAUGGUUUAGAUUCACAAUUUUGUCCGCUGGACAACCCCUAUUUUUUUAGGGCGGUACGAAGUUCGCUGGGUCAGCUAGUAUUAUAUAAAAAUGAUUUACUGUACUUAAUUCUCUGAAAUAGGAAGCAUGUUUGAGUCUUAUAAUGAAGCAUAUUGGCGGUGUGGUGGUGAAUUAGUUCAAAUUAUCUGCCAUCACUGUUUGAUGAUGUUUAGAUUGUCGAUAUUGUAACGUUCACUAUACCAGGUUACUCGGAUGAUGAUGCUAAUAUAGUGUUUUAUGAUAGACUAGUGCGCUGUCCUAACUUUGCUUGUAUUGUGUCAUUUAUAUAGACCUUCCUUGAAAAAAUAUCUAAUUGAUUGUGAAAUCUCCAUCAAAAUCCAUUCAGUAUCUAGUUUUUGAGCUGAUCGCGAACAUAUUAUAGACAGGCACCAUGAGAUUUUGUUUCAAGACAAUUUAAUGGCAUUGAUAAACGGGAUUGAACAAUAAAAUAUUAAUUUUGUAAAAUAAUAUUCACAUGAGUGUAAUAAACUCAUCCGUUAUAUUGAUUUCGUCUACAUCAUAUCACUGAAUUGUGUAUAUUACAUGUCUAUGGUAGGAAUGUUGUCUUUUGGGAUAUUUGGGA